UGCGCAUGCGCGGUAAAUGAGUUGUUAGUGCGGGUCUUUAUUAAGGUGAAGUUGCGGCUUUAUGUCUUCUUUUUUCCCAGCGUUCUCACUGUUUUGUAAUUGUUACUGGAGCAACUGAUAGCUGGAACUUCUUUACACACGCAUUUGUAGAGUGAGAUCUUCGUAAUCUCGGUCCGAGUUGUUUGAGCAUUGUAGCUUGUAUUUGCCGUUAUAAGUGUUCAAGCCUUUUGAAUCUUGCAUAUCGUUCCCGUAGAUUUACUGCUUUUCAAACUCAAGCCGUGUUUUGCACACUCCACUAUUCCUGCGGAACCUGUGCGUACAUUUGACGCGAUAAUAUUGCAUACCCAAGAAAUAAGGUGGAUGUACAGUGUUUGCAUAACUGCAUGCAUGUACAUAAUUAGGUACCCACCCGCCGUUGAGAAAUACGCUUGUAUGCACUUAUACGACAAUUCUGCUUUUGAACCUGGUUUCCCGUUUCUCUCUUUCUGCGUUUCUUGACGUCACUUUUUGAAUUCCCAUCUCAUUCGCGUACCCGGCACUGCCGGUUCGCCUUUUACAUUUCCGCGUCUUCGCAGAGCCGCCCUCCUCUUCCUUGGUCAGCAUCUGGGAGGUAUCUGGCUCACCUGGAUACCUGCAGCUGAGGUUUGGCUGCACUGCAACGACCUGGUUUUGCUGGCUCUUUCGCAGCUUACAUUGCCACUUAGGAGCUGCUAGACCGGCUCCCCUUCCGUGCUCAGGACGCUGGACUUGCUGUUCCCCGGCCACAGGGUGCUAAAUUCUGCAGAAGGAGUCUGGCGAUUGAAAGUGAGUGUGUGCCUUGCAGCAAUGUCAGGGGAUGCGGCUCCAGUCCCAGAGCGGGUAAAUGGCAAUAGUUGCAGCCAAGAAAGCAAGCCUUCAAACGUACGAGCCUCAGAGAAAAAGUGUUCAUGGGCCUCAUAUAUGACCAAUUCCCCUACUCUGAUUGUAAUGAUUGGCCUUCCUGCAAGAGGCAAGACCUAUGUGUCCAAGAAAUUAACUCGCUACCUCAACUGGAUUGGAGUGCCUACAAAAGUAUUUAAUUUAGGAGUCUAUCGUCGUGAAGCGGUGAAAUCAUACAAGUCAUAUGAUUUCUUCAGACAUGAUAAUGAAGAAGCCAUGAGGAUUCGAAAACAAUGUGCCUUGGUGGCCCUUGAAGAUGUGAAAGUUUAUCUCAUGGAGGAGUCUGGCCAGAUAGCUGUCUUUGAUGCAACUAACACAACUCGAGAGAGGCGGGACAUGAUUUUAACUUUUGCAAAAGAAAAUUCUUUUAAGGUGUUUUUUGUGGAGUCUGUUUGUGAUGAUCCGGAGGUCAUUGCUGCCAAUAUAUUGGAAGUGAAGGUUUCCAGCCCCGACUACCCAGAGAGAAACCGAGAGAAUGUGAUGGAUGAUUUUCUAAAGCGAAUAGAGUGCUAUAAAGUCACCUAUCAGCCUCUUGAUCCGGUUAAUUAUGACAAAGACCAUUCUUUCAUUAAAGUGAUCAACGUAGGACAGCGCUUCCUUGUCAACCGUGUUCAAGAUUACAUCCAAAGUAAAAUUGUCUAUUACCUUAUGAAUAUUCAUGUUCAGCAAAGGACCAUCUAUCUUUGUAGACAUGGUGAGAGUGAGUGCAACCUUGUUAGCAAGAUUGGCGGGGAUUCAGGCCUCUCAAUACGAGGGAAGCAGUUUGCUCAAGCACUGAAAAAAUUCAUGAAAGACCAGGAAAUUGUGGAUCUGAAGGUCUGGACUAGUCAGUUGAGAAGAACUAUCCAGACAGCAGAGGCCCUGGGAGCACCAUAUGAGCAAUGGAAGAUAUUGAAUGAGAUUGAUGCUGGCGUAUGUGAAGAAAUGACCUAUGAGGAGAUUCAGAGGAAAUAUCCAGAAGAAUUUGCACUUCGGGAUCAAGAUAAAUACCUUUAUCGCUACCCUGGAGGAGAGUCUUACCAAGAUUUGGUCCAACGCUUGGAACCUGUGAUCAUGGAGCUGGAGCGUCAGGGCAAUGUCCUAGUUAUUUCUCACCAAGCAGUUAUGAGGUGCUUGCUGGCCUAUUUCCUUGAUAAGAGUGCAGAUGAGCUACCCUAUCUGAAGUGUCCUCUUCAUACCAUCUUGAAGCUCACACCAGUUGCUUAUGGCUGUAAAUUGGAAAUGAUUUCCCUGAGUGUUGAAGCUGUGAACACACACCGAGACAAGCCAUCCACAACAAAUAACCUUCCAAAGAGCCAAACCCCUAUAAGGAUGAGAAGGAACAGCUUUACACCACUAGCCAGUCCGGACACAGUAAAACGUCCUUGCAAUUACAGUGUUGGGAGCAAGCCUCUUAAUCCAGCAGGGUCCCUGCUAUUCUCAGAGGCUCAACAUGGGGCUGAUCAGCAAAAGCAGCAAGACAGUGUUCAGCUUCAAGUGGAAAGUGCUUGCCUGGAGAAAUCAGAAGCAAUCAUCUGUGAGUCCCUGGUCUCUCUCUCUACCACCAAGUGAGAUUGUCCUGUGAAAGAGGCAUUUGCUGCAAACCUGCACAGAUUGGCCAGCCUGUUACAUUUCCUUCCCCUUUCAUUGUUUUGCAACUAUGCUGGUUUGCGCUCCCUCUGCCACUUUAUUUAAGUGAAUGUAACUGGCAAGUCUCUCUUUGAUAUGUCAGCUUUUUCCAUUUUGUGUGUGAACCAUCUAUAUUAAUAUUUGUAAAUCUGUGAUUAUUUUUGUAAAAUUCCAUGCCAGCUGUGUCUGUCUUGUGAAGUUGUGUUUGUGUAUGUGUAUAUGUAGAGUGAGUGAGUAAGAGACAGGGUUUUUGUGUGUGUGGCAUUUUUGCUUUGUUCCUUUAUGGAGUGAAAUUUCUGCCUGCAUGUAUUAGUGAUUGUGACAACUUCCUGGUAACACCUAUAGGAGUUGCUUUUACUUAGCCUUUAUGGAAUGCAACUUUCCUAGACACUGUUUUUGAGGCUUGUGGGUGUGACUUGAUAACCUUGGGAUGGAGAAAAAAAUUUGUUAAAUAUUUGCUGUUGUGGGAAAUAGAUACAGGGAUAUUUGAUUCUGGGUGUGGGAUGCACUUUGGCUACAUUGUUUCCAUGCUUUGCCUUAAUGGGAUCACUCCAAAAGAAAUCUGAAGAUUAUUUGCCUGCACAAUGUGCUUUAUAAUUUGCCUAGUAUGUUUCAGUUUUGUCCCUGAUUGUCCUGGGAGCCUUUUCAUAGGGUUCUCAUACCCUAGUGCUUACAUUUUCCCAUAAUUGCAAUCUUGGUGAUAUGUGUUUUUUAAAAAAUCUUGUUAAAUGUUACAUUUCUGAACUUUCAUUAAUUCACCCCCUGAUAACUUUGAUUCACUUUGCUGGGAAAAAGGAAUGGAGACAGGAUAGGUCUCCUAGGUCCAAGGACUGAAAUGCAAACAGGUUUAAAAAUAUUUUUAAAGAGCUCUGAUUAAUGAAAAAAACAGAGCAUGAGACUUCUGCUGGAAAAAAACACAUAAAGCAGGGAUGGGGAACCUGUAGUCCCCCAUAUGUUGUUGGACUUCAACUCCUGUUAUCCCUGGCCCUGCUGGCAGAGACUGAUGGGAGUUGGAGUCAAAACAAACAUAUGGAGGACCAUAGGUUUUUCCCCCUCCAGACUGUAUUUUGUAUUUUGCAGGAAGGCUUUAAAUGGAAUGUUAGGUUUGCACAGUUAAAAGUGGAUUAAAGUGCUCUGUUGCCCUGGCACAAAAAAUCCAAUUAAAAAGAAACAACAGACCUCUUUAUGGUUAGAAAGGUGACAGGGAAUGAACAAAUGAAGGCAUAUAAUUGCCAUGCCAACGAAUCGGGACUAAUUAUCAUAUAUACUUUCCCUUCUAACAAAAAAAGACCAGGUAGAAUGUAACCUCCAUGUAAACAUUUUACAAGUAAAUCAGGAUGAAUGCUCAAUAAAGAGGCCGUCUAGAGGAGCCCUUUCCCAUCCCUGAUAUGAAACUUGAAUUUCUUCAAUAAGAAAAACACACACAUUAAAACAGGAAAAGGAGUGCAGCGAACACAUCCCAGGAGGUAGGAUUGAUUACACCCUCUUUUUUCACAAAUCGUAGAUCAAAGAAAUAGCUGCCUUUCUGAAUGUUCCUUCAGGGAUAUAAUUGUUAAAUGUGUGUGGGGAAGGCAGGCUGAGAGCAAAAACCCUCUUCAUAAUCUCACCAUUUAAAUGAUGUGGGGGAAAUCAUUUUGAGGGCAACAACAUAUGAGGCUGAAUGUGCUAACAUAAAUAUUAAUGUGGAUUGGAUUUCUAAGUCUUGAACGACUUUUGACUGUGUGAAUGAAAGAGUGACUCGGUUAUUAGGGAAGUGGUCAAUGUUCUAACUAGCUCUACUUCUGUGUGUGUCUAGCUCUACUUUUUCAGAAGUAGAGGGAACAUGAAGCCUUUUUAUUUCACUUACUGCUUGCAAAGGACUUCCAACUGUCUACUUAGCCUUGGUAUUCCUUCUAGUUCUCCCUUCAUUUUACAUUGGCUUAAGUUUCCAUUCACCUAUUCCAGAUACAUGGACAUGCUGUCAUCUGGUGUAACUGCUUUUUACAGUUUUAAGCACUUAGAGAAAGGCAGAACCAUUAAGCCAGAGAGAAAGAAGUACUGCAAGUAUGGGGAAACUUUGGCCCUCACGUUUUGCUGAUCUACGACUCCUAUCAGCCCCAGCAAGCAUAGCCAACAGCUAGGGAUGAUGGGAAUUGUACUGCAACAAAAUCCGCCGAGCCAAAAGGUUCCCCACACCUGGAUUAGUGGUCUGCAUACUAUAUCCAGAAAAUCAUGGACCCUUUCACGUCUCUGAAUAAUCUGUUGUGUAAGUGCUGAGAAUAAAUUAUAUUCUCAAUGUACACAACCCUAUAAUUACACAACAGGCAUCUAAAACACUCAUUUCUCAUUGUGGAUCUACCCAGAGCCCAUUAGCUCUUGGACAGGCCACACUAACUUAAACCUAAGGGACAAAGGUGAGAAGGAGAUUCAGAUAGUAUAUUUAAUGUGCAGUAUUAACUUGUUGGACCACCAUUGCUUUAAGAAUUAUCCAGUAAAGGUACUUGACUAUAUCCCUGAAGGUUUUGGGGGAGAGCUUUCUGAGCUGCCUCCUUGCAGUUUACCCAGUCAUAGUUAUGUACCUGCUCGGUUAGGAAUCUAUUAUGUUACUGAGUAGCUGGCGUAAUGCUGCCCUCGCACGUUUGCAUGCUUUAGCCCAAAGUCAUUAUGCCCCCUAUAACAUACCUAGGUUUUGCUUUCAAACUAAAAAUGCAUUAGCCUGGUCCAUUUUGUAGGCUAAUGAACAAAUAAGGGAAGCAAGAGUGUUGGGAGCUUCCUCCUUGUCAAUCUGAGUUAAGACACCCACACCUGCAAUAUGUAUUUCCUAGUGCCAUGGGUUCAGUUGUUGUUGAUUUAUUCUUUUUAUUGGUAGCUGAUCAUACAAAGCCAAUUUUCAUGUAGAAGAUAUUUAUGGAAAGGAAAAUAGUUGCUAGUACUGAAACACCAUGUUACGAAUGGAAUUGUAAGGGGUUUGUGAAUGGUAUUCUAUCUGUGUUCAGCUAAGAAUAGAAUAGUAGAGUUGGAACGGGCCUAUAACGCCAUCAAGUCCAACCCCCUGCUCAAUGUAGGAAUCCAAAUCAAAGCAUUCCUGACAGAUGGCUGUCCAGCUGCCUCUUGAAUGCCUCCAGUGUCGGAGAGCCCACUACUUCUCUAGGUAAUUGGUUCCAUUGUUGUAUGGCUCUAAUAGUUAGGAAGUUUUUCCUGAUGUUCAGUCAAAGACAAAGCUAUAGCAAAGCCUGUCCCUGUUUUGGAGGCUUGCACUGGCUACCACUGGUGGAAACACUACCAGCGGUAGCUCCUAAACAGCCUGCACCUUCGACAGGCACAGUGGGGACUUCUGUGGUGGUGGGGCCUCCCCACCCACCUACCAGCAGAGCCUAGUGGAGGGACAUCUCUGUCAUUCUAACCUCCUUCAUGUCUGGAUCCAUGGGUUAGGAUUGCUUCCUUAAUGUGGGAGUUUAUCUACUAAAUUUUAGCAACUUUAGCCCGCAACAUAGUACAUAGUACCCUCCUUUAAUUUUAAAAAAUCCUAUAUAAUGACCUGACCUGGUUCACAUGAUAAAGUAAGCCAAACUACAGCUUAGUGAGACUAUGCAAAUGUGUGGGCUUCUGGAGAGGCACUCACAGCUGCUUUGCUUCCCCCCUGUCUUUUGGCUAAAACUCAUGGUUAGUGAGGUGAAAGCUUGACCAUGAGUCCUGGUUUGCACAACAUGCUAAGUCAAACCUUGGGCGCAUCAUAGCAGUCAGAAGGACCAGGGAGUAGCAAAGCAGCUGUGAGCUCCUCUUUGGGAUUCUGCACAUCUAGUCUCAGUAGGCCUUAGUUUUGCUUGUUGUGUCAUGUGAAUCAGCCCAGUCUCUAUUCUCUCCCCCUUUUAUUUUUUCCAUCUCUCUCUCCCUCCCCAGUCUUUUAAAAACACAGCUAACUUCAAGCAAGCAACAAAAAGGUGGUGUCACUGAUACAACCCGAUUGUGUGCUACAGCCUUCUACUUGAAGCUCAAUGGUCUAGAAAAUGGCAAAGAAGGCACUCUUUGAUGACAAGACUGGAUAAGUUGUUUGCUUACUCAAGUCCAAACACAUUAGAUUUCAAGUAGAGCAUUUCAAGAAAUUUAUUUCCUAGCAUGUUUUGAGUUCUUUCCUGUCAUUUUCCUCUCUUGUCUUUCCCAGAGAUUUGUGGUAGUUCUUUGAACAUUAAUUGGACUUAUGAAAGUAGGUGCAUGGUGAUUUACUUAUUUUUCACCAAUUUUAUAGUUUGUAGUAUUUUCAUGGAUGAAUCAUCAUCCUAGGACAAAUGAAUGUGUUUCAGAUUAGAGGGCAAUGUGCCUUGCUUUCUUUGGCUCUCUGAUAAACUUGAAAUAAUAGUGAAAUAAUGAUAAUAAUAAAUGCAUAUUUAUUUGUACAUUAUAAGCAAUUUGACUGUUUUACCAAAGCUGCAAUAAUGCACAAGCUUAAAUAAUUAUUUCAUGUGUUGUGUAUGUAAAUAUGAAUGUCUGCAAUAUCGUAACAAAGUAACUACAUGAUGGCAUCAAAGCACUUUGGAGGUCUUUCUCCUUCUACCCCCAAUAAUUCAUUUUGCCCAUUUGUUUCUUUUUGUAAGCCACAAAUAUUUCCCAAGUGCUAAACAAGAAUGUUGUAAAGUACAUGCUACAGCCUUUUGCUAUAAAGGAGACCACUAGUGUUUAUAGUGGAACUAUCUAAAAUUAUAUUAUUAAAGGCUAAUGCAUAUGGAACUGUUUUGAUGUGCAAUUUUCACCUUUUCACAGGUAGGAUAAUCAAGGAUGUAUAGCUUACGAUGGCACAAAUGCGCACUGGAUUAUUCACUAUAUAGGACAUGAGAGGAUUUGGGAAUCCAGAUGCUGAUUCUGUUAAUUGUGGCUGAAAUUAAGACCAAGGCCCAGGACCACUAUUGUAUUGCCCAGGAGACGCAACAAAUCUAGGGCUGCACCAUGCCAUUAUAUGGUCGUGCAUUUGUAACUAUAGCCAUAUGAGUUCAUAUAUGUGUUCAUAUCAAGCAGUUGCUAUGGUGGAAAUGAAAACACAGGUAGAGUAGGAUCCUUUUCAACUUAAAUUAUUGUAUGUUUUACAUUUCUUUUUAAUAGUUUUGCAUAAGCAAAGAAUGUAUUGCUCAUUACCUAAGAAGAGAUUUGUUAGAUAUUACAUUUCAAUCAUGUCUGCUCUGUGUGCAUAUCUUCUUGGGUGUGAGGUUUUUAAAAACAAAUUGGGGAUCUAUAUAUGUGUAAUUCAUGCUGUGUGAAUGUGUGCUCCUUCUAAAAAGCACCAGACUGCUACUCAUUAACUUUCUGUGCAGAAGGAAGUAGAAGUCAUAAGACCACCAGUUUCAUAAAGAUUUGUGUUUUCAGACUGGGAGCCUGAAUAUCAAUAUUGUAAUGAGAAGUCUUAAAUAAUUGUAUUAGAAUUGUGAACUUUCUUGUAGGCCACAUAAAUAAAAUUAUUUCACC